GUCAUAAUUGAAAACUCUGAUCCGGAUGCAACAAUGGUGGAUAUCAUCUUUAGGGAUCAGAUUGGGGACCUUCAUGACACUAUGAAUGCGCUAAAGAACCUGGGCCUUAAUGUCGACAAAGCUAAUGACUUCCUAGAUGCUUCUGGGAAACACAACAGAUUUUACAUAACUGAAAAGUAA